AUGGCAUCUAUUGGGCUUAAAGUAGUCACGAUUGUUUCAGACUUGGGGUCGAAUUUUCAAAGAUUCAUUAGCGAGCUCGGAAUUACACCUGAACGUCCAUGGUUCCUGCACAAUGGUGUAAAGAUUUUUUAUCUCUACGAUCCACCUCAUAUCAUAAAAGCAAUUAGGAACAAUCUCAUUAACUACAACUUUCAAUUUGACGGCAAGCUCGCUUCUUGGACUGACAUCGAAAGUCGAAACCGUGUUCAACAAUGACAGCAGAUUACCUAUUCGACUAUGUCCAAAAUUAACGGCUCUACACCUUCAUCCUAACGGAUUUCAGAAAAUGAAAGUUAAAUAUGCGACUCAAACACUCAGUUACACGGUGUCAGCAGGAAUCGAGACGUAUGUGAGUCUUGGACGCCUUCCGUCAUCAGCGUGUGGAACGGCAGAAUUAGUUUCCAAGCUCGACAAAACAUUUGACUGUCUUGACAGCUCUUCAUUUAACAGCCCUAAAGUGUUUCGAAGACCAAUGACCCCAAACUCGGCACACAUGAAGUUUUUAAAAUAAAUGUUUGAUCUUAUUCAAACAUUACAGUCCUAAACAAAGAUACCAACAAAGAUGUCACAAGCUUGUUGAAAUGCUUGAAUGCAUUGCGAGGUACGAUCAACGGAACACUCCACCUUUGGACUUAAAUCAUCUGGUCAACAGUUCUAUGCACGAGACGGCUAAAUCAAGAUGCCCUCGAAAACUUCUUUGGAUCAAUCCGUCAACAGGGAGGUAAUGCUGAAAACCCAACAUCGGUUCAGUUCUGCAGAGCUUUCCGAAAGCUGUUCUAUCGACAUCUUCUACAACAAUCAUCCGGUAAUUGUGCAGAAGACCUCAACAGCAUCCUGGUUCCUCUGAAGCCAGCGACAAAGAAAAAGACAACAGAACAUCAACCUAUUGCCGAGCCAUUUGUGUUCGAAGAAUCAGACUAUCGAGAGCUCAAUAUCUGUGAUGAUGCGACUGAGGCGAAUGCCAUCACAUCUGUUGCCGGUUACGUUGCUGCGAAAGCUAUCUUGCAAGAAGCAUCAGUGUAA